UGUCCGAUAGUGUACGAUGCGACCCAUCCGUGCGCACUCUUAUAUACACAAGAUACUGAGGUGGUCGUAUUUCACUACAUUUGCUCCAGGCAUACCCGAAAGGUAUUAAAAAGAAGGUGACUGAGACCGAUUCCCCGACCCGGUGUCACGCGGUUCGUAUCACCUAAUAACCAGAGCGGAGCUUCUCUGUUUGGUUUUUCAUUUGUCCUUGAUGAUGGCAGUUCAGGAUUACAAUUUUUUACUAGCGACGGACUCUUAUAAGAUUACCCAUUACAAGCAAUACCCACCUAAUGUCAGUAAGGUAUACUCCUAUUUUGAGUGCCGGCAUAAAAAGGGGGCGCAGUUCAGUGAGGUGGUGUUUUUUGGCCUCCAGUAUCUUCUGAAGAAAUAUCUAGCAGGUCCAGUCAUCACAGAGGAGAAGAUACAGGAGGCGAAAGCCUUUUUUCAGAUGCACUUUAAACAGUCAGUGUUCGAUGAAGAGGGAUGGCGGAAAGUUUUAGAGAAAUAUGAUGGUCGCCUUCCAAUCCGUAUCAAAGCGGUUCCUGAGGGGAAGAUUAUUCCCAGAGGGAACGUUCUCUUCACAGUGGAGAACACGGAUCCAGAUUUCUUCUGGCUCACCAAUUAUGUUGAGACUAUGCUGGUUCAAAUGUGGUACCCAAUCACCGUGGCAACAAUCUCCUGGGAGUUCAAAAAGAUUCUGGCCAAGCAUCUGAAGGCCACAUCAGGGAACCUGGAGGGUCUGGACAUCAAGCUGCAUGAUUUCGGCUACAGAGGGGUGUCCUCACAAGAGUCAGCAGCACUUGGCGGAGCUGCUCACCUGGUGAAUUUUAGCGGCACAGACACAGUAGCUGGUGUACUCAUGACACAGCGAUACUAUGGCUGCCCUAUGGCUGGAUUCUCCAUCCCUGCUGCAGAGCACAGCACCAUCAUCUCCUGGGGCAGGAGCAGAGAGAAGGAGGCAUUUGAGUGUCUGCUGGACCAGUUCCCCUCUGGGCCUGUAGCUGUGGUUAGCGACAGCUAUGACAUUUUUAAGGCUUGUAAGCACAUCUGGGGGAACAAGCUGAAAGAGAAGGUGAUGGAGAGGAGCGAGGAUUCAACUCUCAUUAUCCGUCCGGACUCCGGGGACCCUGCUGAGACCCUCCUUGAGGUUCUAAGGAUUUUGGAGGAGUGUUUUGGCAGUUCUCUGAACUCAGUGGGUUACAAGGUGCUCCCACCAUACCUGCGCAUUAUCCAGGGGGAUGGCAUUGAUCUGAACUCGAUUAAUGAGAUUCUGGAGAAACUUAGCGAUGAGGGCUGGAGUGUAGAGAAUGUGUUCUUCGGUUGUGGAAGCGCUCUCCUGCAGAAAAUCAACAGAGACACACUAAACUGUGCUUUCAAGUGCAGCUAUGUGGAGACUAACGGCAAAGGCAUGGAUGUUUAUAAGCAGCCAGUGACCGACCCAUCUAAAGGAUCCAAGCGUGGUCGACUCUCUCUGAGAAGAAACUCAGAUGGCUUCAUAGAGACGGUGGAAAGAGGAGCCGGCAAACCAGAAGAGGACAUGUUGGUCACUGUGUUUGAAAAUGGGAGCAUACUGCAGGAAUACACUCUGGAUGAAAUCCGUAAAGCUGCUCAGCUUUGGGAGGAGGACAUAACCCCUGCCCAGCACAACCAAGAUGAUGACACUACUCUGGAUAUUCACCAAAAACGCAUCAUGAAUGGUGUGCAUUAGCGCACAUAAUAUGCACACUGUCCUCAUCACUGCCCCCUACUGACCAACCACUGACUUGUUCACAAAAACACUAGCAGUCAUUCUUAGAACUGCAGAUCACAGUGUUGUGAUUUAACUCUAUCUUUUGAUAUCAAAUCUGACUUUUAGACCUUUGAGGUGACCCCUAAAUUUUUGCAUUGGGUCACUGGAUUGUUUAAAUUUUUUCCUCAAAUUAAUAGUUUCUCAUUGUUAUGUGAUGCCAAAAAUAUUUGUAAGUGCUUUGUUUAACAUAAAUAUGUUUCAUGAGUAUGCAAAAGUCCGGGUUUUGGCAGUGGUUCUAUUUCCUUUAGUACAUUGAAAAUGAAGGAAACUCUGCAAAUGCAUACAUUUACUAUUUUGUUUUUGGAAUCACUCUCUGUCUAACUUUAUUUUAGGGUUUUAAUGUUCUUUAAAUAGAUUUUGACUUUAAAUUGAAUCACAGGUGCACAUAAAAGAUUAUCAAUGCAAUUAAGCAUUUUUCCAAAACAAAAUCAGGUGUUAAGGAUUUUGUGUUCAGAUUGUGUUCUCAUCCUAUUUUUUUUAAUCAGCCUGUACCUGACGUUAAUGCUGCAUAAAAAAGCAAUUGGAAGAAUGUUCUUGAGAAUAGUUAAAAAGUUAUUUUGUGGAGUUGGUUAUAGAUGUCCUAGUAUUUUGUCUGCAUACAGCUGCUGAUGGUGCCUUAAAAACCACUUAGACCUCAGUGCCGGUCACUCUUUCUUGCACAGUCGUUUCCUCUCUUUAUUUUUCCACAAUUAGUAUUGGCAGCACUUCUCAGUUUCUCUCCUUUACCAGUCCUUACUCAUGUUCUAUGUGACUCACAUAUGAAUGACUGUUCAGUGAUUACUAUUUUUUGCCAUUGCCUUAUGUUUUUUCUGUCAAGCUUCCAUUAUGUUUGACACCUAUAUUAUGCUGAUGCUGAUGCUGAGUGAGACAUGCAUUCAGUUUAAUUACAGUGAACAUUGUUGUGUCAUAAUGACAUAGUUCCUGUUUGAUCUGAUCAUCUGAAAUGAAGCUGUUGACCCUACCUCUUUUUUAACCAAUGUUAUUGUACAUUAAUAUAAUAAUAAUUACACCUACAUGGCACAUUUUCUGUUGUGUAAAUACUCAUUAAUUGUACUUUGAAUUAUGAACUUUGUUUUGAGAUUUUAGCCUUCCUGUUGCAUUUUUUUAAAUUUACAAAAUGUAUAUUUUGUAUGACAAAAAGACAAGCAAAAAGGAAAAGAUAUGAUAAUAAAUAUAGCUUCUUCA